AUGUGGCGCUCUCCGCAAGAACCGACGAAUGGAGCAGGCGUCCUUGACAAGCAGCGGGUGGCCGAUGCCGAGCCCGCGGCAGGGCGCCGAAGCGCGCUGUUCCCGGUCGUGGUGAGUUGCCUCCUGGUGGCGUUGGCCCUGUUGCUUGUGUGGCAGCGUUUGCGGGUCGUGGAACUGGGUUACGUACUCUCCACCGCCGCCAAGCUGGAGCGGCGGUUGGAACAGACGAAUCGCGAGUUGAAACUGGAGUUGGCGAGUCUGACCGCGCCCGAGCGCCUGGAGACCAUGGCACGGCGACGGCUCGGACUGAGGGACCCUGAAACGGGACAGGUGGUGGUGCUUCCGUGA